CAAAAUCCCCAAAACUAUUCGGUGAACCCACCCAUAAAAUCCCAGCCUAACCCGAAAAUUGAGAGAGGAAGAGGAAGAGGAAGAAGUAGACCAAGAUUGAGAGGGAGAAGGAAAUUGAGGUUUGAAAAAUAACAAACGGAAAGCCCAAUUCGGCCCAAACACUAAGCCCAUAAACCUUGGAACCAAUAAAACUUGCCGUGGAAAUAGCAAUUUACCCACAUCUGAGUCUGACCCGAAACUCGUUCUUUGUUUGUUUUCAGAGGAAAAUAACAAUGGCAGCUGAGUCUCAGUCUCCGAGUUCUGUUAAAAAAGUGGUUGUUCAUCUGAGAGCCACUGGUGAUGCUCCUAUUCUCAAACAAGCGAAAUUCAAGAUACCUGGAACUGACAAGUUUGCUAAAGUAAUUGACUUUCUACGCCGACAACUUCAUCGGGAAACAUUGUUUGUCUAUGUCAACAGUGCAUUCUCUCCAAACCCAGAUGAAUUGGUGAUUGAUCUGUAUAAUAUGCAUAGCCCUAAUACAAGUUCAAAGUGGAAUAAGGAGUUCAGUUUGAAGGCAAUUAGAGAAAAGUGGAAUACAUAAACAUCAUUUUGGGGGAGAAAGGCAUCAAUAAGAGUACUGUGAAUAUUGUGUUAGUUUUUCUAAUAAGCAAGGAGUUGAAAUAUUAGUUAUUUCUGUAGAUUGUUUUUAUGUUAAGCUCAUGAUGUCACACCAUUGGGUAAUGAGUUCUGACUCUUCCAACUAGAAUUUAGACUAUUCUUUGGGACUAACCCUAGGGAUUUAUGUUUGAACUUCCUUUGUGUGUGGGAUGAGAGACUGCACAUGUUUGAGGAUUAGUUUGGUGCUUGAAGAGCUUAACACAUCUCCUUAGUGCACAUGCACACACGCACACACACACAUGCAUGCGCACUAGGAAGAGGGGUUCCCAUGUGGUUAGCAAAAACAGUGUAAAAAACUUAAUUCUCUGCUUAUGUAUUAAAUUUCAUAGCUGCUC